CGCUGGUGCGCUGUGUCCCUCGGACACAGCGGAUCACGGAAAGAGCCGAAGAUGUCGGCUCGGUCAUGUGAUCAGCUAUGUCUAAUCACAGCUGAUCACAUGGCACUGAUGAUCAGUGUGGCCCCAGAAGUGUCACCUGUCAGUGUGCCCGUCAGUGCCACAUAUCAGUGCAUACCAGUGCACAUCAAUGCCACAUAUCAGUGCCCAUCUGAGCUGCCUUUCAAUGUCACCCAUCAGUGCCACCUAUCAAUGCCAAUCAGUGCCACCUAUCAGUGCCAGUUAGUGCCGACUGUCAGUGCCAUAUAUCAGUGUCAUGUAUCAGUGUUGCCUUUCAGCGCCCAUCAGUGAUGCCUGUCAAUGCCCAUCAGUG